CGGGCUGCGGGCGCGUACGCCCGCGGCUGACUUUGUCGCGUCCUCGGGGCUACGGAAUCGCGACGUCCCUCUGAGUCGCAAGUGGCAACCACUCCAUUAACAAUUCUCGCCCCGCCCCGCCCCCCGCAGCCCCGCUUAUAAAAACCCCGUCGCCCACCGUGUCACCUCACAUUUCGGUAGCUAGCUACUAGCAAAGCUCGGGGGCGACCUGGUGAGCAAAGUCUACAGGGUAUACAAUACCAGCACAUCGCAGCGCAGCGCUUCGAUUAGGAGGAUCUCGGAAGGAGGCAGACGGACCCGAUGACAAUCGCAGCGGCGGUGACCGCGCCCACGACCGCGCCAGUGCACGCCGCGCCGCGCCACGCCGCGCCCGCGGUCCAGCCGCGCGCGCCGCCGCGCCGGGACCCGUCGCCGCUGAACCCGAACACGCCGGCGCAGGCGCUCCGCUCGGCGAGCUCCGCGCCCCCCUCGUCCUCGGCGGCGGCGGCGGACGGAGCCAGGGCUCACAUCGCCAACCUCGACAAGGUGCUCGGGAAGCCGCCGAGGCCCGCGAGCCACGCCGCCGCGGCGGCCAGGCAGGAGCAGGAGCAGGAGCAGGAGCAGGAGCCGCUCAGCGUCCGCCACGGCCUGCUCAACGCGCUCAACCUCUCCUUCUUCGUGCCCAUGCCCGGGAUGCGGGCGCGCACGGCCGCCGACGAGCACAUGUCGCCGCGCAGCCUCAUGCACAUGCAGCAGCUGCUCUCCGCCGACUCCCCGCGCGCGUCCCCGAGGUCCACCAUCGCGCCGCGCUGGCGGAGCCUCCACGGGGAAGGCGGCUGGGCGGGGCUCCUCGACCCGCUCGACUCCGACCUCCGCCGCGAGCUCCUCCGCUACGGCGACUUCGUGCAGGCGGCCUACCAGGCCUUCCACUCGCUGCCCACGGCGUCGGCGAGGCACCGCGGGCUCAUGCUCCCCGACCGCUCCUACCGCCCCACGCGCAGCCUCUUCGCCACCUCCGCGCUGUCCAUGCCGCCGUGGGCCAAGCGCCCCAACACGCCCGAGUGGCUCACGCAGCAGUCCAACUGGAUCGGCUACGUCGCCGUGUGCGAGUCCGAGCGGGAGGUCGCCCGCAUGGGCCGCCGCGACAUCGCCAUCGUGCUGCGCGGCACCGCCACCUGCCUCGAGUGGGCGGAGAACCUCCGCGCCUCGCUGGUGCCCCUCGACGGCGAGAGCAGCGACGGCGCGGACACCGGAGCGGAGGAGCCCAAGGUGGCGCGGGGCUUCCUCAGCCUCUACAAGACGGCCGGGGAGAAGGUCAAGAGCCUGUCCGAGGAGGUCAUGGACGAGGUCCGGCGCCUCAUGGAGAAGUACAAGGGCGAGGAGCUCAGCAUCACGGUCGUCGGCCACAGCCUCGGCGCCGCCCUGGCGCUCCUCGUCGCCGACGAGGUCGCCACCUCCAUCCCCGACGCGCCGCCCGUCGCCGUGGUCUCCUUCGGCGGGCCCAAGGUGGGCAACGGCGCGUUCGUGGACAGGCUCAGCAGCAGCGGCAAGGUCAACGUCCUGCGCAUCGUGAACGCGGGCGACGUGGUCACCAAGGUGCCCGGGGUGGCGCCGCGGCUGCCGCACAAGAAGGAGCAGUACCAGCACGUCGGCGCGGAGCUCCGGAUCGACAGCAAGAACUCGCCGUGCCUCCGCCCGGACGCGGGACCCGCCUGCCGGCACGACCUGGAGGCGUACCUGCACCUCAUCGACGGGUUCACGGGGACGGGGCGGCCCUUCCGGCACGACGCCCGCCGCAGCGUCAUCCGGCUGCUGCAGCUGCAGAGGGGAAACGUCAAGAAGGAGUACGUGAACCGCGCGCGCGAGCUCGGCGUCGACCCCGCCGCGCCGGCGGACGUCGGCCGGAGCAUGGCGUACGGCAACUGCGCCAUCGCGAGCCCCUCGUGACGGGAUCAAAUUACCCGUCUGCUUCAGUGGGCCGUCUUGUAAAAUGUAAAUUUUGUAGGAGGAAGAAGAAUUCUUUCGUUAGUGGCCGUUGCGAGCGGGGAAAUAUCUCUCAUUUUCCGCUCUCUUUUUUUCGAUUACCAAUUACCAUGCAGGUACAGGAAAGACUAAGCAAGCGCAAGUGCGCAGAUCAAUCAAUCCAGUGAAAACGUGACCUUGAUGUUUUCUUUGCCUC